CCCAUUAGUCCCCCACUCACCUCUCACCUUAAUUUCAGUUACUCAUUAAGAAAGAGAAGAGCCACGACUAAAAAUGACUCCUCUUUCAUGCUUCCUUGUUCUUUUCUCCCUUUCUCUUCUAACACCAAAUUUUGUUUCCUCCUCUGCAGUUCGAGAUCCUGAGUUGGUUGUCCAAGAAGUACAGAGAAGCAUCAACGCCUCAAGAAGAAACUUGGGUUAUUUAUCAUGUGGAACCGGUAAUCCCAUUGAUGACUGCUGGCGAUGUGACCCUAAUUGGGAGAACAACCGGCAAAGGCUAGCAGAUUGCGCCAUUGGGUUUGGCAAGGAUGCCUUGGGAGGAAAAAAUGGUCAAAUCUACGUCGUCACUGACUCCGGUGACGACGACCCCGUGAACCCGAGGCCAGGGACACUGAGGUACGGCGCCAUACAAGACGAGCCACUAUGGAUCAUCUUUAAGAGAGACAUGGUGAUUAACUUGAAACAAGAGCUUCUAGUGAACUCCUUCAAGACAAUUGAUGGAAGGGGUGCUAGUGUUCACAUUGCUGGUGGGGGAUGCAUUACCAUUCAUUAUGUGAGCAAUAUCAUCAUCCAUGGGAUUAACAUCCAUGAUUGCAAGCCCACUGGGAACACCGAUAUAAGAGAUUCCCCACACCAUUCUGGGUUUUGGACUGUGUCAGAUGGAGAUGGUAUUUCUAUAUUUAACUCAAAGCAUGUGUGGGUUGAUCAUUGCUCUUUAUCUAAUUGCCGUGAUGGUCUCAUUGAUGCCAUCCAUGGAUCCACGGCUAUCACUAUCUCCAAUAACUACAUGACCCAUCAUGACAAAGUCAUGCUUUUGGGACACAGUGACUCUUACACACAAGACAAGGACAUGCAGGCCACUAUAGCCUUUAAUCAUUUUGGUGAAGGCCUUGUCCAAAGAAUGCCAAGGUGUAGACAUGGAUACUUUCAUGUGGUGAACAAUGACUACACACACUGGGAAAUGUAUGCAAUUGGUGGGAGUGCUAACCCUACUAUCAACAGCCAGGGGAACAGGUUUCUUGCACCAGAUAACAGGUUCAGCAAAGAGGUAACAAAGCAUGAGGAUGCACCGGAUAGUGAAUGGAAGAGCUGGAACUGGAGAUCAGAAGGGGACUUGUUCUUGAAUGGAGCAUUCUUCAGGUCAUCUGGUGCUGGUGCUUCUUCUAUGUAUGCAAGGGCAUCAAGUCUCAGUGCAAGACCAUCUUCUCUUGUUGGCUCCAUCACUGUCACUGCUGGUACACUCAACUGCAGGAAGGGCUCUCGCUGCUGAUUAAUCACUUUAUUAAGCAAAAGCAAUUAAGAAUGAGAAAUGCAAUUAUAUGCAGCUUAAUUUGCUUCCCCUGCGGUUAAUUACCUUAUAUAAUAUAUUUAUAACAAUUAAAUUAAUAUACAGUUUGAUCUUAUUUACCUUAA